GCCGAUAUCAAUACUCGUAACGACGUGCCAUUAACAAUAAAAUAUUAUAAUAAUACGACGCGAUAUAUAAUUACUAUAUUAUACCACCCGUGCAGUACACGCAGGCUCGGUGACACCGUAUAGGUGUAUUAUCAUCCGUCGUGUGCACAUCAGCACGUCGUCAUAUCGCUGUCGCGCGCACACAAACACACACACACACAAACUCGCGGUCGAGCGCGGUCGGUCGUCUAUAUACACGUGAGACGGGCGCGUCGGGCGGCAAUCGCUUUUCAGUCCGUCUUCAGGCAGUGUCGCGCGUCCGUUCGUCCGUCCAUCCGUCCGCCAGACCGCCGCCGACUUUUACCCCGAAUUCCGUCGUCCGUCGUUUGGACUACCGUUGCGACCGAACCCGUAAGCAUUGGCGUCGUCCCGAACAUGUAACGCGGCCGCCGCCGACGCGGACGGUGCCGCACCAUCGCCGCCGGCCCGGACGUGCCGCCGAGCACCGCCGCCGCAGCCGCAGCAACCGUCGUCGUCGCCCCGGCUGGCCGCUAUGCUCGGCGGGUUCUUCAACAAGCCCGUCGGCCGGCAGUACGUGGCAGCGUUUGUCGCGUCGCUGUCGGUGAUGAUGGCUGGCACGUCGUUGGGUUGGCCGUCACCGGUGUUGGCCAAGCUGUCCAACGGCGGGCUGACGAUGGUCGCCACCAACGAACAGCAGUCGUGGAUGAUCGCCAUGCUGGAACUGGGCAACCUGUUGUCGCCGAUACCGUUCGGGCUGCUCGUGGACAAGGUGGGCCGGAAACCGUGUCUGCUGCUCACCGGGCCCCUCUACAUCGUCAGCUGGCUCAUGGUGCUGUGGAGCAGCACGAUCGGAGUGCUGUACUGGGUGCGGCUCCUGCAGGGCGCCUGCAUAGGCAUCAUAACCACCGUGGCGCCCAUCUACAUCGGGGAGAUAGCCGGCGACAGCAUACGCGGCGCCCUCAGCACGUUCUUCAACGGCAUGCUGAACGCCGGCAUACUGUACGUGUACUGCGUCGGGCCGAUGGUGUCGUACGACGCGCUCACGUACUACUCGCUGCUGGUGCCGUGCGCGUUCCUGGGCACGUGCCUGUGGAUACCCGAAUCGCCGUACUACUACGUGCUCCGGGACGACGACAAGAAGGCGCACGAGUCGGUGGCGUGGCUGCACGGCGACCAGUCGGCCGAAUCGGACGUCGUGGUCCGCGAGCUGAUGCGCAUCAAGGCCGAGGCCCGGGACGACCUCCGGCACAAGGGCUCGAUGCGCGACCUGUUCGGGUCCCAGUGCAGCCGCAAGGCGUUCCUGAUCGUGCAGAUCGUCGCCGCGGCCGACGUGCUGUCCGGCAUGACCACCGUGCUGGCGUACGCCAGUUCCACGUUCGCGCACGCCGACACCGACAAGACGCUGUCCCCGGACCAGUUCACCAUGCUGCUGGGCGUGCUGAUAUUCUGCACCACGUUCGUCACCGGUUACCUGGUGGACAAGCUCGGCCGCCGGCCGCUGCUGCUGUUCUCGUGCUUCGGGUGCGGCGCGUUCGAGCUGGUCACCGGGCUGUACUACUACAAGCGGUGGGUGGGCUUCGAGUCGCUGGGCGCCUGGAUACCGUUCACCGCCAUCGGGUCGUUCGCCGUCAUCUACAGCAUAGGGCUCGGGCCGCUGUUGCCCACGCUCCAGGGCGAGAUGUUCCCGUCCAACGUCCGCGGCCUGGCCAGCGCCAUCACGUCCGUCACGCUCACCGUCAUAUCGUUCGUCGGCCUCAAGAUGUACCAGGUCAUCACCGACCAGUGGGGCAUACACGUCAACUAUUUCAUAUACGGCACCGGAUGCCUGGUGUCCUUCCUGUUGAUCUACCGGUUCCUGCCCGAGACCAAGGGCAAGACGUUCGCGCAGAUCCAGAGCGAGAUCAUGAAGACCAUCGUCGACGACGACCGGAUGUCCCGCAGCAAGAACCGCCGUAAACCUGUCAACGCCAACACGUCGGACGUUUAGAUCCUACCUAUAUAUAUAUAUGAUUAUCGCUGACGAUCAAAUCACCUGCAGUAUUGUUAAUAAAAAUAAUAAUAAUUACGAACGAGUUGCGAUAAAAUUAUUGUAUUAUAAUAUGUUUUCGUUUUCGUGUGUGUUUUUUUUUUCUGUUCAUCAUUCUCUUUACAUUUCUGUAUAGUAUUAAACUAUUUAUACGUUUAUACAUUAUUAUUUAUACAUAUAGUUGUUAGAUAGGACGUAGGUAUAGUAUAAAUAUAUUAUUAUUAUUUUAAUACACACACACACACACACACACAUAUAUGUAUAUAAUUCAUAAUGUCGACGACGACGAAGAAGCCAUUCCGCAUUAUUAUGUAGGUAAUACGCUCGUACAUAUAAUAUUAUAUAUGUGCGAGUGCGUACGUUACACAUCAAACGACCCCAGACGAUGGUCGGCGGCCAAAGGUACGACUGGUCGGUACGAGUGAGAGGGGUAGAGGGUGGAGAUUUUGCGAAGCUGACGUGAGGUCGGUUUUCCUUUUUGACGUUUCGAACUCGAAUCUUCCACCACCGCGGCGGUGGUAGUGAUCAAUAAGACACGUCGCCGUCGCAUUUACAAUGCGACCGAAAAGGGGCCGCAGAAGGGAGCGUAUACGGCAUCACUGCCAUACUUUUCGUUCACGUUUGAUUGACAGUCAUCCUCUACCAUAUACACGCGAUCACACGCACACCGCACUACAAUAAUACACACACACAUAUAUAUAUAAUAUAAACGUAUAUCUGAGUCCCGAAGAGGGAUAAAGUUGCGGAAAUUGCGUUAAGCUUCGUUUUGCUCCGAAAACAACGCGCACCGGAGACCCUAAUCAAUCAUAAAUGAUUUUAGUGACAUGUUCGGUGAAGAAGACUAUAUAUAGCUGUACCGCCCGCCAACCGAAAACCGAUCGAAAAUAAUUUCCAUACGUCAAAACCGCCCGAACAAUGUUAAUUUAUGUAUAUUUUUAUACACCGAAUGUUAAAAUAAUAUAUUACCAAACAUCGCUGUACCGUAACAUAUUAUAUUAUAUUAUUAUUAUGUACAUUUAUGUAUAACAUAUUGUAGUAGUUACUUUCUUAUUGUAUGUCUCUCUGUAUAUAUAUAUCCUAUAAUGUCACGAAAUAAAUAAAUAAAAACAUAUAUAAAAAUAUUAA